CUGCCUCGGCGUCAGUUUGCGGACCGCUCGGAGCCUGAGCCCCGGGUCAGCGCCUGGCCUGCCGUCGCCCUCCCGGCUGAUCGCCGCCGCUCUUCCCCGCCAUGCCGGUGGACCUCAGCAAGUGGUCCGGGCCCUUGAGUCUGCAGGAAGUGGAGGAGCGUCCGCAGCACCCGCUGCAGGUCACCUACGGCGGCGUGGCCUUGGACGAGCUGGGCCAAGUGCUGACGCCCACCCAGGUUAAGAAUAGGCCCACCAGCAUUGCGUGGGAUGGUCUUGAUCCAGAUAAACUGUACACCUUGGUCCUGACAGACCCUGAUGCUCCCAGCAGGAAGGACCCCAAAUACAGGGAGUGGCACCACUUCCUGGUGGUCAACAUGAAGGGCGGCAACAUCAGCAGUGGCACGGUCCUCUCCGAUUACGUGGGCUCUGGGCCUCCCAAGGGCACAGGCCUCCACCGCUACGUCUGGCUCGUUUACGAGCAGGAUGGGCCGCUGAAGUGCGAUGAGCCCAUCCUCAGCAACCGGUCUGGAGACCACCGCGGCAAAUUCAAGGUGGCGUCCUUCCGCAAGAAGUACCACCUGGGGACGCCGGUGGCCGGCUCGUGUUACCAGGCUGAGUGGGACGACUAUGUGCCCAAGCUGUACGAGCAGCUGUCUGGGAAGUAGGGUGAAGCUCGGAGACACGCGUGGUCCCUGAGCCUCGCGCCGGCCUCUCGUGGUCCGUGAUGCAUGUAGAUUCUCCCCUUCCCCGCCCUGUUUGCACCUGAGCAGCCGGAUAGUGGUGUCGGGUGACUUCCUGCCGCCUGUUCUCUAUGACUAGAUUAGGCACACGUCCCACUUUAUAUUUAGGUCAAAUUUGAACUCCGUUAUGGGGGAUUUUUUUGGUACUGUAAUGGAGUCACCAAAUAGUUAAUAGAAAGCUAGCAACCCAGAAUUUAAAGAAGAAAAAAAGUGCAGGUAAGAAAAACCAAAGCCUACAGGAGUAGAGCAGAGUAUCAAAACAUCCAAGAAAAAUGUCUGUGCCUUUUGUGAUCCUGAGUCCCGACUUGUGCACAGUGGUAUCCCCUGAGACAGCCAGAGCUUGAGUCUCGGGUGAGCCCCAGCAGGGGACGUCUCAGAUGGCCCCACAGGCGUCAGUGCCCGCUCUGGUUUCUCUGCAAUACUGGAAAAAGCAGUUAGGAAAGAGGCCUUGCUGUCUGGCCGAUCAGCUGUUGUAGAUGACAGGAUGUCAGGAAUCCUUACGUCUGGGCCUGUUGAGUGGAUCACUCUUCAUCGGUGUAAGGAAGGCUGGGCUGGAGUUGCUUCGUGCUGUGUUAAUUCCGCUGCGUGCUUAUAGUCGAUUAAAAAUAAAAGCAUUGUGAACAA